ACAGCGGGCACGGCACGGGCAGGGCAGGCACGGGCAGGGACGCGCCGCGCUCGGCUCCGCCGCCUCGUCCGACCGCGGGGAAACGGCCGCUCCGGGCCGCCCGCCCGCCGCCCGCUGCCAUGCUGCGCCUCGCCGCGCUGCCCUGGACCUUGGCGUUGCUGGGAGCCGCAGCCUCUCUACAAGUGGACAUCGUUCCAAGUCAGGGGGAGAUCAGCGUUGGAGAGUCCAAGUUCUUCUUAUGCCAAGUGGCGGGGGAGGCCAAGUCCAAGGACAUCUCGUGGUUCUCCCCGAACGGCGAGAAGCUGACGCCGAACCAGCAGCGCAUCUCGGUGGUGCGGAACGAUGACUUCUCCUCCACCCUCACCAUCUACAACGCCAACAUCGACGACGCCGGCAUCUACAAGUGCGUGGUCAGCAGCGCGGACGAGGGCGGCGACUCCGAGGCCACCGUCAACGUCAAGAUCUUCCAAAAGCUGAUGUUCAAGAACGCUCCCACCCCCCAGGAGUUCAAGGAAGGGGACGAUGCUGUGAUCGUGUGUGACGUGGUCAGCUCGCUGCCUCCCACCAUCAUCUGGAAGCACAAAGGCAGGGAUGUCAUCCUAAAAAAAGAUGUGCGGUUCAUCGUCCUGUCCAACAACUACCUGCAGAUCCGGGGCAUCAAGAAGACGGACGAGGGGACGUACAGGUGUGAGGGGAGGAUCUUGGCUCGGGGGGAGAUCAACUUCAAGGACAUCCAGGUCAUUGUGAAUGUACCUCCUUCUGUGCGUGCCAGGCAGAGCACUAUGAAUGCCACUGCCAACCUCAGCCAGUCUGUCACCUUGGCAUGUGAUGCUGAUGGUUUUCCUGAGCCAACCGUGACGUGGACAAAGGAUGGAGAGCCCAUGGAGGAGGCUGAUGAUGAGGAGAAAUACAGCUUCAACUACGACGGGUCCGAGCUGGUCAUCAGGAAGGUGGAUAAGAGCGACGAGGCCGAGUACAUCUGCAUCGCUGAGAACAAGGCAGGGGAGGCAGAUGCCACCAUCCACCUCAAAGUCUUCGCCAAACCCAAAAUCACCUACGUGGAGAACAAAACAGCCAUGGAGCUGGAGGAUCAGAUCACCCUGACCUGCGAGGCCUCGGGGGACCCCAUCCCUUCCAUCACCUGGAGAACCUCCAGCCGCAACAUCAGCAGCGAGGAGAAGGCUUCGUGGACCCGGCCCGAGAAACAAGAGACCCUGGACGGGCGGAUCAUCGUCCGCAGCCACGCGCGGGUGUCGUCGCUGACGCUCAAGGAGAUCCAGUACACGGACGCCGGGGAGUACGUGUGCACAGCCAGCAACACCAUCGGCCAGGACUCCCAGGCCAUGUACCUGGAAGUGCAGUAUGCCCCCAAGCUCCAGGGCCCCGUGGCUGUGUACACCUGGGAAGGAAACCAAGUGAACAUCACCUGUGAGGUGUUUGCCUACCCCAGUGCUGUCAUCUCCUGGUUCCGGGAUGGGCAGCUGCUCCCCAGCUCCAACUACAGCAACAUCAAGAUCUACAACACUCCCUCAGCAAGUUACCUGGAGGUGACCCCAGACUCGGAGAACGACUUUGGGAACUACAACUGCACUGCCGUGAACCGCAUCGGGCAGGAGUCCUCCGAGUUCAUCCUGGUGCAGGCAGACACUCCGUCCUCCCCGUCCAUCGACAGAGUGGAGCCCUAUUCCAGCACUGCCCAGGUGGAGUUUGAUGAGCCUGAAGCCAAUGGUGGGGUUCCCAUCCUCAAGUACAAGGCAGAGUGGAGGGCCCUGGGCGAGGGAGAGUGGCAUUCCAGGUUGUAUGAUGCAAAAGAAGCCAACGAGGAGGGCACCAUCACCAUCACUGGCCUGAAGCCUGAGACCACCUACUCGGUGAGGCUGUCUGCAGUCAACGGCAAAGGCGUGGGGGAGAUCAGCCUGCCCUCCGAGUUCAAGACACAGCCAGUUCGGGAACCCAGCGCUCCCAAGCUGGAAGGGCACAUAGGAGAGGAUGGGAACUCCAUCAAAGUGAACGUCAUCAAGCAGGACGAUGGUGGCUCCCCAAUCAGACACUACCUGAUCAAGUACAAAGCUAAGCACUCCCAGGAGUGGAAGCCGGAGAUCAGGCUCCCGUCGGGCAGUGACCACGUGAUGCUGAAGUCUCUGGACUGGAACGCGGACUACGAGGUCUAUGUGGUGGCAGAGAACCAGCAGGGCAAGUCCAAACCCGCCCACUACGCCUUCAGGACGUCUGCCCAGCCCACUGUCAUCCCAGCCAGCACCAGCCCCACCUCAGGCCUGGGCACCGCUGCCAUCAUUGGCAUCCUGGUCGUGGUGUUCGUGGCGCUGCUGGUGGCCGUGGAUGUCACCUGCUACUUCCUCAACAAGUGUGGGCUCCUCAUGUGCAUCGCUGUCAACAUGUGCGGCAAAUCCGGCCCCGGGGCCAAGGGCAAGGACAUGGAGGAGGGAAAAGCUGCCUUCUCGAAAGAUGAGUCCAAGGAGCCCAUCGUGGAGGUGCGGACGGAGGAGGAGCGGACCCCCAACCACGACGGGGGCAAACACACGGAGCCCAACGAGACCACCCCGCUGACAGAGCCAGAGCACCCCGCCGACAGCGCAGCCACCGUGGAGGACAUGCUGCCUUCUGUCACCACGGGCACCACUAACUCUGACACUAUCACUGAAACCUUUGCCACUGCCCAGAACAGCCCCACCAGCGAGAGCACCACGCUGACCUCCAGCAUUGCCCCUCCGGCCGCCCCCGACUCCAACGCCGUGGCGCCCGGCCAGGCCACCCCGGCCAAAGGGGCGGCCGCCACCUCGGUGUCGUCACCGCCACCCUCCUCCACCCCCAAAGUGGCCCCUCUCGUUGACCUCAGCGACACCCCGAGCUCUGCUCCGGCCGCUAACAGUUUGUCUUCGAGUGUCCUGUCGGGGCAGGGCGCGGUGCUCAGCCCCAGCGCCGCCGCCGAGGCCUCCAAAGCGGCGGCCGGGAACAAGCCGGCUGCCCCCGGCCCCGCAAACCUCACGAGCCCUGCAGCUCCGUCAGAGCCCAAGCAGGAGGCCUCCAGCACCAAGAGCCCCGAGAAGGAGCCUGUGCAGCCCAGCACAGUGAAGAGCCCGACGGAGACACCCAAGAACCCGAGCAACGUGAAGAGCGAGGCUGCCUCGGGCGGCGCCACGAACCCCUCCCAGAACGAGGACUUUAAAAUGGACGAAGGGAACUUCAAGACACCAGACAUUGAUCUUGCAAAGGAUGUUUUUGCAGCUCUUGGCACUGCUCCUGCCAGUGUGGCUGGUGGGCAAGCCCACGAGCCUGCUCCUUCCACUGCAGACAGCUCUGUACCCGCUGCGCCUGCAAAGACCGAGAAAACCCCAGUAGAAGACAAAUCCGAAGCGCAGGUGACAGACAGGAAGAGCCCUCCAGCAGAAGUGAAGACGGUCCCCACCGAAGCCACACAAACAAAUGAGAACGAGAGCAAAGCAUGAUCAGCGGCGCCGCAGCGAGAGCGUUAAAUCACAGCCCACACACCCAUCUCAUUCCUCUAGUGUCUGUUGCCUUUUUUAAAAAACAAACAAACCAGAAAAUGCAGAAACGGGGGGAGGGGGGAAUGUCUCUUUUAUUCUUUUAUUUUCUUCUCUUCUUCUCUUUUUUUUUUUUUUGUUUUUUUUUUUUUUUUUUUUUUUUUUUUUUUUUUUUUUUAAUAUUUCUAGAAAGAUUCUAUUCGUUGUGCACUUGCUUUUAAAAAGUAAUACAUGUUAAAAACAGGGUUAAACCCAUAACCAAAUCAGGGCUUGGCUGACCCUGUGUAUAUUCAAGAGAAGCAAAAGUUGCAAUACUGUUUGCAAUGUGGUUGGGAAGCUCAGAAUCAACUAGUCCUAGACAAAAAAAAAAAAAAAAAAAAAAAGACAAAAAAAAAGAAGAAAUAAUCAAAGAGACCCUGUUGUUUCCUUUGUUAGUAUAGCAGAUAUAACCACUGUGCUGCUGGGCACAGCUGGUGCUUAAAGAACAAAGUCCACAAUUUAUUUUUAUACUUUUCAGUCGAGUUUGAAAUAUGUAAAGCCUCAUAAAUAAGUUAUAAUUUCUGUUCACCUUGUAUUUGUUCAGUAUGCAAAGUGUCUCGAGCCCUUUGUGACUGAAUCCUGUUUGCCACGUUAGGCUUUUAUUUGGGGUUUAUUAUUACCUAUUUUUUAGGAAGAAUGCCAAAAUUGCAGCUUGGGGGGAUGUAUUUCAAUUUGCAGUAUUCAGACUCAACAUUUCUUUAAAAUUUUAUGUUAAUUUUUUUUUUUUUGCCAACUUUUGUUCUUUCCAGUGUUUACAAUUGACAAAUAUUUUUUUAACUUUUGUUGUGUUUAAAUGGAUGUGUAAAAUAGCUGCCUUUUUUUUUUUUUUUGUUUUUGUUUGGAAGUCAAUCCAGUCUCUAGACUCUAGGGUAGCAGCAUGCUUGCUUUGCAAAGGGAGACAUUUUCAAACAUGGAUGUUUACAGUAGUUGUUUCCCCUUUAUCUUUUCUUAAUUAUUGUUAUUAUUAUUAUUAUUGUUAUUAUUAUUAUUAUUAUUUCUUACUGGAGUAAGAAGAAAAGUGAUGCUGGGGUUUGGUUUGGGAUUUUUUUGGGGGGGUGGGGUGGGGGUUAUUUCAAACCACUUGUCACCAAUCAAGGUCUUUAUCCAGCAAUCCACGUAAACACAGGCUCUCCUUGGAAUGAGGGAAUUGCUGGAGAAAGGCCUUCUAUUCUUCAAUUUAGUUGAAGUCCCUUGCUGGACCUGGGCCUGACUGCAUAAGAGAAAUAUCAUCUCUGCUUUUUUAGGACAUUCUCCCCUUUCCUCGGUGGAACCCUCCCGGAGCUCCCAGGAGCAGAAGGGAGAUUGUACAGUUUGGGCUGGUCUGGGCUCAGAUGUUUGACUACAUCAGUUCCUCCUUAUUAGGGCGUCAGUAAAUCCCAGUGUCAGUCAAUCCCACGUCCCCUGGCCCUGGAGAGCACAUGGAAAAGCAAAGGCUCUUUGCCCAAAGGUGCUGGGCAGGUGCCAGACCCCCCCAGCUGCUGGUGGGGCUGGACCAGCUGAUCCCUGUAGGUCCCUCCCAACUGACCCUUCCUGUCCCGUCCCGUCCCAUCCCCCUGUGUGUGCUGAGUCUGUGCUCUGCAGAACCAAAAACACCAAAUCAGGAGCAAGUGCUUGCAAAAUCAGUGCCAGGGCUGCCAGUGGGGCCCUGUCUUGGGAGCUGGGAAAGGGGGUGUUCAAAUCAUGGAGGGGGCAGCUGAUAGUGGCAUUUCUCGUCAGGAAUCAUGGAGUAACGCUGAGAUUUGGGGGUGCAGAGGAGCUUUGAGCAGAAGGGAGGCAGAGGCGUGUAGGGAGAGACCAGCCCAUUGUAUAGAGAUGUUCCUUCUGUUGGGGUUUUGGUUUUUUUUUUUCCCCCUUUUUUUUUUUUUUUUUUGUUUCCUUUGUUUUCUUUUUUUAUUCUACUUUAGAUCUGCAAGCUUGUGCACUGUGGGUGCGUGACUAUUUUAGUGUGAACCGUGUUUUUUGUCAUAGUAUUGAAAUAAUAAAAGCUUCAACAUA